UUAAACAAGUUUUGAUGAAUUUUUUCAUUUAAAAGAAGCUUCAAAUUAUAAUAUCAACAUCAUUUGUACUUCAAUUGUUGAACUAAAUUAUAAAAAAGGAACUUAGUGUUUUUAAUUCAAUAAAUCGACAAAAUGGUUUUAAUCAAGAUUGCAAUUGCUUGUGUCCUAAUAUCAGCAGUUAGCUGUGGUCACCUUUUCGCAGGCCAAGGAUUUGCUGCUCCUGCUGUUGCACCUGUGGCUACAAUCAACACUGAACAUGAUCCACAUCCGCAAUAUACCUUUGCUUAUAAUGUUCAAGAUGCUUUGACUGGAGAUAGCAAGAGCCAGCAAGAAACCAGGGAAGGAGAUGUUGUAAAGGGUUCCUACUCGGUUGCUGAACCUGAUGGUACCAUUCGUACUGUCAUCUACACUGCUGAUCCCAUCAAUGGUUUCAAUGCAAUUGUUCAGCGAGGACCAUUGGUUGCACCAAGACCAGCUGUUCCUGUAGCUCCAGCACCAGUUCGAUUCUUUUAGAAAAUUCGUGUGAAUACUUUGUUUUCGUAAUUAGUAAAAGUGAUAAUAAUUUAUAAGAGUUGUCAUAAGAAAUUUAUAGUUGAAAUAGUAAUAGUUAAUUAGCCACAAGAAUUAUAAUAUAAUUAAACAGUA